AUGUCCACGUCUGAGAAGGCCAUUCGCAAGAACCUCCGGAAGAGGACGUCAUGGUCUGAGCUCCAGUUGGUGAGGAAGCCAAAAAGCUCCAGGCUUAACGGUAAGAGCGACAGCAAAGGUGAAAGCAACAGAGACGGCCCCUGCAGUAAGGUGUGCAUUGUCUAUCCCCAGAGUGAAAGCAAGGACAAGGAGAGGGGCAAGUGUAAGUGUGACUGCAAGUGCAAGUGCAAGUGCAAGGAAAAGAACAAGGCCAAGAGCAAGCCCCUUGACAUCCGCCCUGGAAUCAAGACCUGCGCCAUCCUGAUCUUUGGGCGGGAGUUGGAGACCAGGAUGGAGAGGAAGCCAACGAAGGACACAAGAAAGAAAAAGAAGGAGGUGGAGGAAGAGAGCGAGGAGGAGGAGGAGGAGGAGGAGAAGACUACGAAAGAGGAAAGGAGGCAGAUGAGGAGGGAGAAGAGACAUGCGGAGUGUCCCCGGCCGAACAGGUUUCACACCGAGGCCAGGGAUGCUUCCACCUGCAAGUCGCUCACUCUCUUUUCCCGUGCCUUGGUGUCUACUCGAGACAAGACCGCCAAGAGACCGACCGAAAGAGACCGCGCCAGGAAGACGGCCAGAGAGGAUCCCGUCAACAAACGGACCGAAAACGAUCCCGUCAACGAACGGACUCAAACCGCUCACGUCUACGAACGUACUGGAGAGAAUCGCGCCAGGAAACCGGUUGGAGAAGAUACCGUCAGGGACCCGACCGGAACCGAUGCCUUCGCGACCCAGUUUCAACACGUGCGUGGGUGUCUGUGUGCGAGGUGCUUGAAGAAGGAAGGGAAGAAGAAGGAGUUUCGAGUCCACUGGCCGGCGGUACUGGCGGACGAGCAGCCGGCAGAGGAGACUUCCGAAGAGGAGAAGGAGGAGGAGAAGGAGGAGGAGAAGGAGAAGGAGAAGGCGGCCGAGGACGACCGCGUCUGGCAGUCCGAAUCUCCGGUAGGGGUCUUCGGAGGGAAUAGUGUAGCACAGAAUGCGCCUAAAAAGGAUGUGGCCAAAGAAGAAGGCGUUGGAAAAUCCACAUCUCCAUGGGGGGACGUGAGAGAUUGGGGUGAUGGAGAAGAGGCCGAUAAGGACGGCGGUCUCGAGAAGUCCACGUCCGCAUGGGGAGACUUUGGAGCUGCAGACGAGGCUGCACCAAAGGAGACUGCAAAAGAGAAAGACAAGACUGCAAAGGAGGAGAUUGCACCAGAAGACCCAGCCAAAGAGACCGUCGCCCCAGAGGAGGCCGCCCCCGAGGAUACUGCCGCAGCCGCCAAGUCCGCGCCCGAAGAGCCACCCGUUCGCAAGCAGAACAAGAAGAGCAAGAAGAAGAAGAAGAGGUAG